CACUGUCUCUCUGGCUCUUGUCUGCACACAUACGAGUCUGUUCGUCGGACAGAGAUGAUGCUCCAGCUGAUUGUCCUCAGUGUCCUCGUGUCUCCGCUCGUUUACGGGCUCCCGGGUUUCCAGGUGCGUCUGGUCGGUGGGAGAAACGAUCUGGAGGGCCGUGUGGAGGUCUUUCACGAUGGCACGUGGGGCACUGUGUGUGAUGAUGAAGUGAACAUCAACUUGCCCAACGUCGUGUGUCGUGAACUGGGUUUCUCCCGCGGCCUCACGUGGGCCCACAGUGCCAGGUUUGGUCAGGGUCAGGGACCAAUCUGGCUGGAUAACGUCUUAUGCUCGGGCACUGAGAACUCUUUAUCAGACUGUCGGUCUAAUGGUUGGGGUGUGAGCGAUUGUUCUCACGCUGAAGAUCUCGGUGUCAUUUGCAGUCCGGAGAGACCCCAGCAGGGUCACGCGCCGCGGUACCUCAAUUCAACACGACAUCAGACCUCAAAUAUUCCCUCAAAUUCUGCCCCGGUCCCCCAACCGACCGCAGGCUCCCCCCGCACGCGUGGUCAUGAAAUAGCCCUCCGGCGCAGCAGCCUAAACCCAUCUUCUCCCCAUCUACACGGACAUCGCAUCCAGCUGCGCAGGAACGGGUACGAAUACGACGGCGUGACGCGCGGACAUGAAAACUCUCUGCCGAGAGGACAUCAGCUGCCCAAUUAUAUGCGCAACAGGGCCACAUAUAGACGGUCACAGGAAGUCCCCCACCCGCCGGCCAGUCAGAGCGCUCAACGCCAUCACCGACCUGAACCUGAGGCAGUGGAGCCCAUUGAGCCGGACAAUAACAGGAUGGAUCUGGACUUCAAUGACAUCGAUGAGCAGUCUGCCGGAAGGGUGCGAUUGGAUGAAGCGCGUCUACGACCCGUUCUGUCAAGCACCCGCGACGCAGCCAUGGUAACUGAAGGUGUGGUGGAGGUGAAGCAUGCUGGGAAAUGGAGACAGGUGUGUAAUUUGGGCUGGGACCUCAGCAGCAGUGGAGUGGUGUGUGGAAUGCUGGGAUUUCCUGCAGCAGAACAGUUUGACACGCGUGUGUAUCGGAAACACUGGGAAUCCAAGAUGGAGGACACAGCCACAAGGGCUGCGGUCAGUAAGAAGAGUUUCUGGGUGGAGAGAGUUCAGUGUUCAGGAACGGAGAUUUCGUUGGCACAGUGCCACGUGCGGCUUUCCAUUUCACGUAAUGACGUGCCCUGUGGUGGUGGCAUGCAUGCGGUGGUGCGCUGCGUACCCGGACCUCAGUUCUCCAGAAUCUCCACCUCUGGAACUCCACAGGCAUCGCCCCCUCUGAAUGCCGCGGUGCGAUUGAAAGCGGGUCCACGGCUGGGUGAGGGCCGAGUCGAGGUGCUCAGAGAGGGUAAAUGGGGAACCAUCUGCGAUCAUCUGUGGGAUCUGCGUGCAGCCACUGUCGUGUGCAGAGAACUGGGCUUUGGGUCGGCCAAAGAAGCCCUUAGAGGAGCAUACAUGGGCCAAGGCACUGGACCGAUCCACAUGAACUCUGUUGAGUGUUCAGGGAGAGAGAGAUCCAUCACACAGUGUCGCUUCCAGGACGUCCCACUGUACUCCUGCAAACACAAUCAGGACGCAUCGGUGCGAUGCAACGUCCCCAAUACAGGACUCUACUCCACUGUGCGUUUGUCUGGAGGUCGGGAGGCAGCGGAGGGUCGGGUGGAGGUGCUGAUGGAGGUGAACGGUCAGAAGCGCUGGGGUUCAGUAUGCAGUGAGAAUUGGGGCAUUAAUGAAGCCAUGGUUGUGUGCAGACAGCUCGGCUUUGGCUUUGCUUCUACAGCUCAUCAGGAGACGUGGUUCUGGUCGGGGAACUCUGGAUCUGAGGAUGUUAUUCUGAGCGGGACUCACUGUGUCGGGACAGAGAUGUCCAUUCAGCAGUGCCGUCGCAACGGUCAGGUGUACUGCCCGCGUGGAGGUGCAGCCAAAUCGGCCGGGGUCACCUGUACAGAUGCCGCUCCUGAUCUGGUGGUGGAUGCUCAGUUGGUGCAGGAGAGCGCGUAUCUGGAGGACCGUCCGCUGCACCUGCUCACCUGCGCACACGAGGAGAACUGCCUGUCAUCGUCUGCAGCCCGCAUGCACUGGCCGUACGGUCACCGACGUCUUUUGCGAUUCUCCUCACGCAUUAUGAACCUGGGACGAGCCGACUUCAGACCACGAGCCUCCAGAGAGUCCUGGACCUGGCACCAAUGCCACAGACAUUAUCACAGUAUUGAUGUCUUUACACAUUAUGAUCUGUUGACCCUGAAUGGCACAAAGGUCGCUGAGGGACACAAAGCCAGUUUCUGUCUGGAGGACACCUUCUGUCCUGAGGGUCUGUCGAAACGUUACGCUUGUUAUAACAUGGGCGAUCAGGGCAUUUCUGUGGGCUGCUGGGACACAUACCGCCACGACAUUGACUGUCAGUGGGUCGACAUCACGGAUAUUCGUCCAGGUGAUUACGUCUUCCAGGUGGAGGUUAACCCCUCGCUGGACAUGGCCGAAUCAGACUUCCAGAAUAACGUGAUGCGCUGUCGCUGCAGGUACGACGGAGCUCGCGUGUUUCUCUACGGCUGUCACACAGGUGACGCGUACAGUGCAGAUGUAGAGCACCUGUUUGAGCACCAGCGUCAAAUCUCAAACAACUUUCUGUGAUGUAGAGAGUGAAACUCAAAGCACGUCACAAUACUUGAAAUAUUAAGCUUAUUCGACUUCAUGCGGUGCCGCAAGAAUCGACAGCAGGAUGAUAUCAAAAUACCGCGAGAACGAUUAGAGGAAUCAUACGAAGUCUAAUUUCGUCUGGCUCUCGCGGUACUUUGACGUCAUCUAGGUGUCGGUUCUUGCCCCAGCUCAUGAAGUCGAACAAGCCUAUCCUCUGCUCGUCUCCCUCGCUUGUGCGAUGUCAUCUCUCUGGAGGCGGGGCUUAUGAUGGAGGGUUUUAAGUGUGGUGAUGUUCGCUCGGACGAGGGAUGGGUAAGGGGUGGGGUUGGUGUGAUGAUUGAUGGGUAGGAGUGGGGUUUAUGCCUCAUUUAAAGAAUUUGGGCCAGUAUUUGUAGAGAGGACACAGUUUCCAACCUCAGUCAUAUCUCAUCAGGUGUCUUUAGUCUGUGAGCUGCAUGUCAUAUUAUGAGAGUUUAAAGCAGCUGAUCUUAGUUUCAGUUAUUUCUGUGAAUUACCUGUUUAAGAUUCAGACAACAAAACAAAACAGCACACAUAAAAAGGAUGUGAGUUAAUUUAAUUGAGAAGUAUAAAAUCUCACUGUUGCUUGUGCUUAUAUCAGAUUAUCAUCCAGAAUGAUUUCAUUUAAAACAUUAAUCUUUCAUCUUUAAUAUGUUUGUUUGUGUAUAUGAUCAUUUUCACCAGUCAAGUUUCUGGUAUUUAUAUAUGACACCGGUGUGAAGCAGGUCGAUGAAAUCUGUUUGUGGAAACUUCCUUGAAUCAGAAUGAGAUAUUCAGCCAUCAUUUUCUCUCUUCACUGAUGUGGAUUUACUGCCUCUUAUAUUAUUAAGAUAUUCAUGUUUUAUCUUAUGCAUCAGAUUAUACAAAUGAAAUCUGGUUUGUAGCGUGUAACAUUUAACCUAACCUCAGUUUCUUGAAAAAAAUCAAUGAAAAACUGUUUUACAGAUGGUGCUUUAAUACUUGAAAACAUUUUCAUGCAGGGAAAAAUAAACGAUGACACAAAUACUUCACAGUAAUACUUGAGGGAACCAUCAUGAGGUUCCCUGUUUGUUAAAAAAUUGAAUAAAUGUCCAUCAUGGAGUCUGUUUUA